CACUACUCUUGCGCUCGUGUAUAAUUCGAUACGAGGCCACGAAUUUAAUGGCUGACAAAAUGUCACUAUAUCCGUUGAGCUUUUGACUAUCAAACUAUCACAUAUCGAUGUUUUAUCCUGUACGAAUUUAUAUCAAUUUAUUUUUCCAAAUUAUUUCUUUGCCUAUGCAUAAAAAUAUACAUGUCGUUCGUGUCGUGUCCUUUUAACGCUCGAUUACGAUAUAUGCAUCUUUUGAUGACUUUUCAAUGCCACAGGCUACCUUUGUUUCCUCCUAAUUCGCUAGGGAAACUAAAUAAUCGAGCAAACGAAUAAUGAACGGGGAUGGCCUCGAGAAGAAAGGAAGCCUUUGACAUCGGCGUGCACGAGCGACUCCUUUGAUACACGUGUCUUUCCUCUGUACAUCAUGAAAGAAAAUCAAGCGUCUAAGGAGAGGAUCGAACGAACGGUUGAAUAGUAGACUGAUUGUCACAAGUAUACCGUCAGACACAAAUUAGAUCGGGAAACAACGUUUAACCAUCGAAGAACGCGCGAUAGAACAGCAACAGAGAAACAUUGCUUACAGCUGACUUCCGUAAACCGCAGCCUGAACAAAAUGAUCGUCGCUGACGCGCAUUGCCUGUUGUUCUCUGAAUACAAGGUAAUUUUAUAUAUCAAUAUAUCGAUUAUGACUACUUUAAAUCCCAAUGAACUUACCAUAGUAAAAAGAGACCUACAUGUUCCUUCUCUUGAUGAAAUAAAAGAUGUCUUAAAAGAAGGAUUGAUUAAAAAUUUCGCGGAUGUAGAAGUAGAAGUUGUUGAUUGUCCAGAUUUAACGAAAGAACCUUUCACACUUGCUGCGCCAGGACUAGCUGGCAACCCAACAUUACUAGAAAUUGGUGGACCAGCAUUUCUUCUUCCUACUGUACAAAAAAAUAAAUUAUAUGACAUCCAACAACUUUUGAAUCACUUACAAUACAAAGAUUCUUUUGUUGUUGGAGCAGGAGCUGGUCCAUGGCCAUAUCUAAAUUCCAAUUGUGAGCUUAUAAUGAAUUUAAGUGUUUCACCAUCCAGUGUGCAAAAUGAAACUCGUAUUUCAUCUGUCAAUACAACAAAUGGAAAUUGUGUGCUUCAAACAUUACCUAAUACUGAAACAAGACUCGCUUUAUUAGCUAAUUUGUUUGUUACUGGAGGGAAACCAGGUAAAGUUUUAAAAGUCCAUGCUACAAGACGUACUGGAAAUGAUGAUUUUAUUGCAUCUAUGCAAAAAGCAAUUGCUCUGCAUUAUCCAAAUAAUCUUGUUGGAUUAGGAGGAACGUUUUUAAUGAAAGAUGGAAAAGUUAAACAGCAUGUUAUGGCAGACUUCUCAAAAACUCCAUUAAAGACGGAAGCACAACUUAAUAAUUGGUUACACUUCUAUAAUAUGUCAACACCCCUAAUAGCUGUUGGUACAUUUGUCAGUUCUGAAAGUGAUUUAGAUCUUCGUGUUCAGCAUUUCCAUAGCUUUUCCCAUCACGGAGAAGGUGGACAUUAUCAUAUUGAUACAACACCGGAAACUAUUGAAUACUUGGGAUAUUUCAACUUGGGUACUACACUUUACCGUGUAGAUAAACCACUAACUGGUAUUCAGUUUGGAAAGGAUUAAUUGCUGUUAUAUAAUUGUAUAUACAUUUUGUCUAAAAAGUGAUGCAUAAAUGUUUAUGGUAUAAUAAUCUUAUGAACAUAUUUCUUUUCUAACUAUAUAAUUCAAAUUAUUCGAAAGGAAAAAUAUAUUUUUCAAAUUAUUUUACUAUCAUAAUAAAAAUAAUCACUGAAAUAAAUCUAUAAGGUGUAUGAAUGUA